UCUUCUUCUUCUUCUUCCUCGUUGUUUCUGCAUAGCUUAGCUUUCUCCGUCUCCGUUCCCUUCCCCUCCGCAGCAGUGACACGCGCCGUCGCAACCUCCUCCCGCGCCCCCGGCGAACCCGCCCCCCGCCCCUAUGCCGCCGCCUCCCGGCGACGUCGCCGUCCCCGACGGCGGCCGCUGCGCCUCCGCCGGCGAGGACGGCGGCCCUGACCGCUCGCAUUGCGCGGACGCAAGCCUUCUCCCUCCUCCUCCUCCGCCUCCUCGCACCAGCUCGUCUUACGGCGAUUUGCUGGGAUUCGAUAAGGUCCCGCUGACGGGCUCCGAGAAGGUGCGGAGGAUCGUCACUGCCUCGGCCAAGGGGUUCACGAUCGGAGCUGGCCUCAAGGGUGGGCUGGGGCUCUUCUCGGUUCUCGUCAGACUGCGACGGAGGAGAUUGUCGGCGUCCUUGAGGAAAGCUGAGCUUUUUUCGAAUAGAGAAGCCAUUGUAAUAGCUUUGAAGGAGACUUUGAGAUACGGACUUUUUCUAGGAACCUUCGCCGGCACGUUCGUUUCCGUGGACGAAAUUAUUGCUGCUUUGGGAGGGCACCGCAGGACCGGGAAGUGGAGGGCCUUGUUGGCAGGGGCGAUAGCUGGGCCUUCGAUGCUGCUCACGGGACCGAACACGCAGCAUACGAGCUUGGCCAUCUACAUACUGAUGCGUGCUGCCGUGUUGGCUUCCCGGUGCGGAAUUAAAAGCAAGAGAUUCGGGAAAAUCUGCAGGCCCCUUACUUGGAAGCACGGAGACAUAUUCCUCAUGUGUCUAUCUUCGUCGCAGAUUCUGUCUGCUUACAUAUUAAAGCAAGAAAGUUUGCCUCCAUCUUAUAAGUCCUUCCUCAACAAACAUGGUGGAAAAGAUGUUACCAUUUUGCAAGGGGUGAAAGAGAUUGCUUCUGGCUUACCAUUUACAAAUUUGCAGGCGAUAGAAAAGUAUUAUAAAUCUACCGGAGUUGAUAUCAAACUUGAUCCUGAGAUGAAGAUUCCCUGCUCGAUGGUACACGGAAAUCAGUCAUGCAGUGGACAUGCUAUUUCUUUUCUGAUUGAAGCCUAUAAAAGAGCAUUGCCAGUUUAUCUUCCAGUUUAUCUCGUUCCUGCAUUGAUAGUUCAUCGGAAAGGUCUUUCAAAAAGGCCUUACACUAUACUGGGAAAGGGUCUCAUUGGAACUGCACGAUCAAGCUUGUUUCUGUCAGUUUAUUGUGCAUCUGCCUGGAUGUGGACAUGCAUUCUUUUCAGGAUUUUCAAGAAAUGUAACGUUCCCAUGGUGGCCAUGGGCACGUUCCCUACUGGUCUGGCUUUGGCUAUCGAAAAGAAAAGCAGGCGCAUUGAGAUAUCACUGUACUGUCUCGCACGGGCUAUUGAGAGCUUCUUUACAUGCAUGGCUGAUGUCGGAUAUUUGCCGAAGUCAAGGCGUCUUACAAGAGUCGAUGUGGUUGUUUUUAGCAUAUCAACAGCCAUUAUUAUGCACUGCUAUGCACAGGAGAGGGAAGUAUUCCGUUCAAAGUACUUGAAUGUUCUCGAUUGGGUGUUCGGCAUACCCCCUCCUCCCUGUGAAACACCAAGGUGCAAACAAUCAUCUGAAAAUUCAUCUUUUACUCUGACUUGAUAACAGAACAUGACUUAUUCUUUAGAUUUCCUCUCGCUUACUGUCUGCUUGAGGUAGCUUGUAAUUUAUGUAUUCUUGUGCUCGAAUUGAGCUGUGGCUCAGGAUGCCGAUAUUUAACCUGUGUUAACUUUUGUCAUAGAGUUGUUAAUCAGGCUAUGGGGUAGCAAAUGUCAACAAGUUUUGUCUUGUACAUGUAACUUCUCCGAACAAAUGGAAAUUUCUUUCAUAAGCUGUUACAACCA